AACGUCGUGAUUUUCAACAGAGCCAGUUCGUGCGGCGACAUCAGGCGGUUUCUGUGUUGGUGUAUAGUUUCUAAUAGUUUCCGUCGCGGUGAGGCGACCUGCGGCGAACAGUCUUCGGACGAGCUGCUAGCACCUGCUAGUAUCCGAACGCGACGGGUCAACGACCGCAGAACUGUCACCGGUCACCGGCGCCUUGUGUUGUUUGUUGUGUUGUGGUGGACGUAAAUCUUGUUUAUUUAAUAUAGUUAAUAGUUAGCAUAACAAUAGAAAGCUGGAAGAUUGUCAUACAAGUGUUCUGCACAAGUUCGCAAACUUAUUUAGGUUCAAAAUGGCUCAGCUAAAGGAAUUAAAGGCCAAUCGGGGAUAUGUAAAAGGGGCGAUUAGUAGGUUAGAAACAUUUUGUACCUCAAACGAAUUCGCGACAGCAACACUUGAAGUGCUUGCUCAAAAAAAGGAAAGGGUGCUUAAAGCAUUUAAUGAUUACGAAGCGUACAAUAGAGCAAUCCUUGCUAUUGAGCCUGAGGAUGGUGAGUCGUAUGAAUUGUACGAAUCUAAAUGCGAUUUGUGUAUCGCCACGUUAAAUACGCGUCUACAUCCUGCGGAACCACCUGCGGCACAGACUACUGCAUCGACAUCUUCCGGACUAGAAGCAGAAAAAAGAGCAAUUGCGUUGGAAGCCACAAUGACGGAAGAGCCGAAGAAGCCGGUGAAAUCUGUUGUAAGUGCAGCAGCUGCCACUGGAGUCUCAUGCGUUCCAGUAUGUGUGCCGGCAGCUGACACCUGUGGGUCCAUAUUUGGUGAAGACGAGGUUCGGUCAUAUUGUAGGCGGGGCGCUGCCCUUCCCUGCUGGCAAGAGGUCUAUAAGUAACUAUUGUGUUACAUCUAAAGGUAAUCCUAUUGAUUUUAAUGUAGCUAGGGAUGAUUUGCAACCACCUUUCCCAUGUGUUAAACAAAGUGAGGUUUGCUUGCUGUCAAACGAUUGUCAACCUUCUGAAGACAUUGUUGAUAUAAUGUCCAAAUUUUGGGAUUGUGAAAAAGUACCUGACAUCAUUAGGGAAACCGGUACAGAGGUUGAGCAGGCGGAACAGAUUUUUCAGGAGUCAGUUAAAUUAGAAAAUGACAAAUUCACUGUAGCCAUGCCGGUGAAAGUUGAGUUGGACAAGUUAGACUUAGGUGAUUCUUUUAGUAGCGCCUUGCAACGACUUUUCAAUUUAGAAAAGCGGUUUUCACGCGAUCUGGAGUUGGGUAAAAAGUAUAAAAAAUUCAUACAGGAUUACAUUGACCAAGGUCAUGCUAAAUAUUUUGACAUGUCUAAUUAUGACUUAAGUGCAGGCAAUGUCAUGUUUCUGCCCCACCACCCUGUGAUUAGUUCCAGUAAAACGACACCAGUUAGGGCUGUUUUUGACGCUGGUGCUGUCACAAAAAAUGGUAUAUGUUUAAAUGACAUUUUGUUAAAUGGUCCGGUGGUUCAAAAGGAUCUCUUUGAAAUUCUGAUUUUGUUCAGAACUUUCAAGUAUGUAUUAUUGUGUGAUAUAAAGGCUAUGUAUCGCCAAAUUUUGAUUGAGGAUAAGUAUCGUUGUUUGCAAAAUAUCUUGUGGCGCGAUUCUCCUGACGAGUCAGUCAAAUGUGUACAGUUGCAGACAGUUACAUAUGGUUUAAAGAAUUCUGCGUUCUUAGCAUGUAGGUGUUUGUUAGAAUUAGCCCAAAGGUAUGAAAGUCAAUAUCCCUUGGCUUCGUUCGUGUUGAAGCACACGUGUUAUGUAGAUGAUAUUCAGUGUGGUUCUAAUGAUUUGAAUGAGCUUGCGCAGAUGAAAAAGGAGUUGAUAGGGCUAAUGAAGUUCGCUAGUCUGUCUCUACACAAAUGGUGUUCUAAUAACCAAGAAAUUUUAAGCGACAUACCGGUUGAAUUGCAUCAACUCGAUAGUAGGAGCUUUGAUAAAAAUAAUGAAUAUGUUAAAACUCUUGGAUUGACAUAUGACGUCAUUACUGAUACGCUCGACAUGAAGUGUCCUGUUAAAGAGGUUCAAGAAAAGUACACGAAGCGUCAGAUGCUUAGCUUCAUAAGUAAAUUUUUUGAUCCUUUAGGAUUAUGUGGCCCUGUGUUAGUGC